CCUCCAGUGCCAUUCUUCCAACCUCAUAGUGUGGAAAUGUAUAUAAAACACAGGCAGUCAUGUUUUUGACUGCACUGGGCCUUUAAAUGUGGAUGACGCUAACUUAAUAUGUAUUGGUGCUGAGGCUGCAGGUCUACCAAGCGCAGGGAACAGGAGGGGUGACGUCACGGGUGAGGGACGGGAAGGGAGAGCAAGAGGGAAGAGCGGGGGAAGGAAAAGGGACGGAGAGUAAAGACGGGAGAAUAAAGAAGGGAGAUGACUGCAUCUAAGGAAGAAAAAAAACAUAUUUCUCUCAUCCAACGUAAAUAUUCUAAAUCAUAAAUAUGAUUGACUUGUUUACCAACAGAGAACACUGAAAUAAAUGACAGAGAAACGGUGACAAGAAUCUCCUAGUGUGUCCAGCGUAAACUGGGCCCAGCAGAGUGAUGUCAUCUCCAGGAAUGGGCACCCCCAGUGACCCCCUGUUGGCCAGCCCAGGAGGGAGGUCAUCAGAGAGGUCAUUGGGUGCCACAAAUGAUGUCCUCUGGAGGAGCUCCAUGCCCAAGACCGUCAGCUUCCCAUCGUCUACCACACGCCUCCUGAGUCACCGUGCCAACAACUUCCAGAGACACCCGAAGCGGCGGAAGCUGAUCAGACCGUCCCCGCCGCCCCCGCCCAACACCCCCUGCCCCCUAGAUCAGCUGGACCUCAGUGAGAUGCCCCCUCGUCGCACCUUCCCUGAGCUGCUCUUCAACGGCUGUGUCCUGUUUGGCAUUGAGUUCAGCUAUGCCAUGGAGACAGCCUAUGUCACCCCUGUCCUGCUACAGAUGGGUCUGCCCGAGGAGUUCUACAGCCUGGUGUGGUUCAUCAGUCCGAUAUUGGGAUUCCUUGUCCAGCCUCUCCUAGGAGCUUGGAGUGAUCGUUGUACAUCCCGCUUUGGCCGUAGGAGACCGUUUAUUUUAGCCUUGGCUAUUGGAGCUCUGCUUGGUUUGACAAUGGUGCUGAAUGGGCGAGACAUUGGAGCUGCGGUGGCAGACACAGCAACCAAUCACAAGUGGGGCAUCAUACUGACUAUUUGUGGAGUGGUUCUGAUGGACUUCUGUGCGGACUCGGCAGAUAAUCCCAGCCAUGCCUACAUGAUGGACGUGUGCCUGCCAGAGGACCAGGACCGUGGCCUCAAUAUUCACGCACUGCUGGCAGGACUGGGUGGUGGAUUCGGCUACAUCGUGGGUGGAAUUAACUGGGACCACACUGAGUUUGGGAGGUCAAUGGGAGGUCAACUUCGAGUCAUCUACAUGUUCACCAGUGUCACGUUGGUCAUCGCCACGUGCAUGACCCUCAACAGCAUCCCCGAGCGGCCCCUGCCAAAGACGCAGCCUCAGAAGAACUCUAAAAACUCUCUAAAGAGCCCCAGCCUCCCUCUGCCCCCCUCCCCACCCAUCCCUCCAGGGGCAAGCCUGGGAUUGGAGGAGGAAGAGGCAGAGGAGAGGCUUUAUAGCUACCAGUUCUCUGAACCCUGCCCCUCAAACCCUAACCCCAUGGCACACUCCUGUAGUGCCAACGCACGCCUGUGUGCCGGCCUCACCAGCCCCAUCUCCCCCCUCAGCCCCCUUACUCCUAAAUAUGGCAGCUUUAUCAGUCGGGAUAACUCUCUCACUGGCAUCAAUGAGUUCGCCUCAUCCCUGGGAACCUCCUAUAUAGACAGUGUGCUUAUCGACUGCUACACAGGACAGCCAUCUCCACAGCCCCUUGACCAGGACACUGCAGCCCGACCACUGCCUCCAGGGCACACCCCACCUCUCCAGGGAUCUCAGCCUGGAACUGGGUCACAGUCUGGAGCAGUAGCCCAGGCUGGAGCACUAACUGUGGCUGUAGCUCUAACCGUGGCUGGGACAGUGGCCCUGGCUGGGGCAGGAUCCCAGGCCGGGGCAGGGGCUCAGGCUGGGGAGGCUCAGAUGGAGGCAGGGUCCCAUCGAGGUUCGUCCGCUGGUAUCCUGAAGCGCCCUCAGAGCCUUGCGCUUGUCGAGGAGCCAAUGGUGAUCCAGAGUGAAGGGCUGGAAAAUGGCCGCAGAAGAACGGUGACCUUCAGUCAGCAGGUGGCAAACAUUCUUCUGAAUGGAGUGCGCUAUGAGAGUGACCUGAGUGAAAAUGUGGAGACAGCAGAUUCACAGAUGUCAAUGAGGCUACUGUGUAUCGCCAUCUACAGGAUGCCUCCGUCACUGCGCAGCCUAUGCACUAACCAUUUCUUGGGUUGGCUGUCCUUUGAGGGCAUGCUGCUGUUCUACACUGACUUCAUGGGGGAGGUAGUGUUUGAGGGAGACCCCAGAGCACCCCAUGACUCUGAGGCCUACCAACGCUACAAUGCUGGCGUCAGCAUGGGCUGCUGGGGCAUGUGCAUCUAUGCAUUCAGUGCUGCCUUUUACUCAGCCAUACUGGAGAAGCUGGAGGAGCGUUUUUCCCUCCGCUCUCUCUAUUUCUUUGCCUACCUGGCGUUUGGCCUUGGCACGGGCCUUGCUACACUCUCCACCAACCUCUAUGUGGUGCUGUCUCUCUGUGUCACCUACGGGGUGCUCUUCUCAUCUCUGUGUACACUGCCUUACUCUCUGCUGUGUGAAUACUACCAGAGCCCACAGUUCUGUGGCUCGUCAGGGGAAGGGACCAGGAGAGGGAUGGGGGUGGACAUCUCUCUGCUCAGCUGCCAGUACUUCCUAGCUCAGAUCAUAGUCUCCGUGGCGAUGGGACCUCUGACCUCGCUGGUGGGCGGGGCCCAGGGAGUGAUGUACUUUUCUAGCGCGAUGUCAUUCGUGGGCUGUCUGUACUCCUCCCUCUGCGUGGUGUACCACCUGCCCCCCCCUGAGGGUGAGCCUUCCGAAAGUGAGACCCAGCCACUACUGGUGCACAUUUAGACCCCCCCCCCCCCUUCUCUCACACUGCAGCCUUCUGUCACAAUGCAUAUAGCCUACACACUCUGUCUCUCUGCAAAGCACAUACAGUACUGUACUCUCUCGCACUACUCAGCAUAGCUCCUCUUAGAGCUUAGACCGACAGGCAGACAUUGGCCACCGUUCUGUGGUGUCAGUGUGUUAUAGUGUCCACGUAUUUCUCUCCCAUAAUUUCCACUAAAAAGCGCAACUUAUGUUAAUUUUGUGCGUGCCUAAAUACUUACGGCCCUACAGCCCCUAUUCCCCAGGACAUCAGAAAUAAAUUAAAAAUAUCUUUGAAGGGGUUAAUUGUUUUUGGCCUCGCCUAAUAUAUGCAUGCGCUGUAGCCUCAAUGCCCUGCAUCUUCUGUUUUGGUCUGAUGUCCGAGGGAAUGUCUACCUGCCUGUUUCUCUGAGUCAGCACACUAUCAUCCCACUGUAGGCAGGCUUAGGGACUGUCUGAAUGUGUCACCAAUGACCUUUUGCUUGAAGCCCUGAAUUCAUGUAAGCACAGUAGCAUAUCUACAGUGCAUUUACACACACAUGCAAGCCAUAGGACCCCUCUCACUCAAUGUACAGUUUGUACUAUGUGAACAAUAAAGAGCCAAACUGUGCCUCUGAGGUUUCACACAAGGCA